CCCAAUUCCCACAGAGCAUCGCUCCCUCUGGCCCCAGAACCCUAACCUCCCUCCCCACCAUGGCCUCCUCCCUCCUCCGCUCCGGCCAGCGCCUCCUCCGCCACCACCGCGGCCGCCUCCCCGCGGCCUUCUCCACGGCGGCCGCCGAGGAGCUCAUCGACGUGCGCAAGCUGCCCACCGACUACGACCCCUCCACCUUCGACCCGACCGCGCCGCCGUCCCGCCCGCCGCCCUCCGACCGCGUCUGGCGCCUCGUCGACGACGUCUCCGCCCUCACCCUCGCCGAGGCCGCCGAGCUCUCCGCCCUCCUGCUCCGCCGCCUCGACAUCCCCUCCGCGCCGCCCAUCGCCAUCCUCAACUCCGCCGCGGGCCUCGGCGGCGGCGGCGCGGCGGCCGCCGGCGCGGCCGGCGACAAGCCGGCGGCCGCGGCCGAGAAGACGGUCUUCGAGCUGCGGCUGGACUCGUUCGACGCGGCGAGCAAGAUCAAGGUGAUCAAGGAGAUCCGGACGUUCACCGACCUCGGGCUCAAGGAGGCCAAGGAGCUGGUGGAGAAGGCCCCCGCCGUGAUCAAGGGAGGGUUGUCCAAGGAGGAGGCCGAGAAGAUCGUCGAGCGGAUGAAGGCCCUCGGCGCCAAGGUCGUCAUGGACUGAUCGGCCCCUGCAUUUCGAGGUACUGCUGAAUGUAUGAACCAUAUGAUUACCAUGGCUGAGUGCUGCGAGCAUUGCGGGACUGUCGGUGUCAAUUGAACUUUUCAGGCUCGAAGGUUUUCAUAAUGCUGGAUUCUCUUAGUUGCCUUCACUCCUAUUUUGUUGAUGAAUUUUCUGUCUAACACGAAAUGUGGAAUAAAAUGUUCUAAAAAUCAGAUAAGAAGCAUGCACUGAAAUGACUCGUGACUGCAAUUGAGUUGCCUUUUGUUAGUUUUGGAAA